UUUUGGGAACAGAAAGCUGCAGCGAGCACAUGUGGAUUUUCAUCCGUCUUUAUAUUGUGAUUUAACCGGUGAGUGCACCUUUGCCUUGCUCCUUUCACACAAAAUACACGUUUGCAAUUGCAAAUAGCUGUGCAAAUAACUUUGAUAAUAGUGGAUGCUGAAGCUGUAACUGUUUAAUAUGUCCAUUUCAGUGCUAAAACCGUCAACGUUCCAACGGCAUCAUAGAUUGGAGCUGGAUAGAUUCAGAUAUUCUCCGAUUACAAGUCCACAUCAUUGCACCCAUGAAGUGAUGGCAAGAGACCUUCACCAGCAGCAUGGUCAGAGUUUUGGCAGAUGAGAUGAUGAAAUAUGAGCUAAACCCAACACGUGGACAAUGUGUCACAGUCUGCCGAAAUAUCAUCCGCCAGUAUCCUCAAAGUUUUGCUGAUCUCCGUGACAAUGGUCAGGUACUAGGAAAUGGUUAUACCUCACUGUUAAUUCAAAUUAAAAACCGAACUGAAAAUCUGAACGGCACCACCAGCUUUCGCCAACACCGUUCAUCUGGUGAUGGACUAAAGAGAGGUCCUACUGAUACAUACGGCUGCACCAGAUUCCAGCCUGAUCUCCCACCAGAGGAGACAGAUGAAAGUGUAGAGCAGAAGCGUCAGCGGCUGGAGGAGAUAUACCGUCGAGAUGGAAUAAAUGGGGUUGAAAAAGCAGAAGUUAAGCAACUUAUGGAAACAACCUUUUGCCUCCAGCGGCAGCAAAUAAACAUAUUACCAUCACCCACCAUCGCUGAUUUAAGAAAGCAGUGGCCAUACCUUUUCACUCAGAAAGGGCUUUAUGCUCAUUUUGAACUUCUGACUGAUAUCAAAGUUAUGCGUGCACUUGAGCUUGCCAUGGAAGAGUGUGGAAGAGCCAUUGUGGAGUUCUUCAGCAGCAAACCCACCAAUGCAGAUGUCAGGACUGUCAUUUCUCUGCGGCCAGACCUCGAGCUUUCCUUCUGCAUCAUCCAACUUCUCAUGGCUCACUUCUCUGAGACUCAGGAAGGGCUGAUACUUUUUGCAAAUGCAUCUUCCACUGCAGCUGAUGUAGAAAGGACACUUGAACUACCUUCAACUCCUCGACUGAUACUCUUUGGUGAAAAACCAGGAAGCUGCAUUCAUAAAUUGAUGAUUAGUUUUGAGGGGCAAAUAAUCUGUGAGGGCAUCCAGCCAAGUUUUCUGUCUGGACUUGCUGCUGUGUUUUCAACUUUCUACAAUUUCAAUCUGGAGUACCAAGCUGAGGCUGCAUCCAAGUUGGAAUUCAUUCAGAGGUUAGAUGCUUAGAAUCAUAUGAUAAUUUCUAUUCACAUUCUCGUUAUGUAAAAUUUUACCCACACUAAUUCUGAAUGUAUGCAUUUGUUUUUCAGGCGCUUCAUUGGAAUAAAUCCUGAAAAAGGCACCAAGGGUGGACCAGACAGGGAAGGUCGGCCACAAAAAGAAAUCAGUCAACACUCGGGUUGCCAGUCUACUUAAGAAGCUAAUGGACUUUGAGUGGGACUUCAUAUAAGUGAACUUACUCAUCCACUGACAUACCAAACACACACCCUACACAUACUCUUCACACAUGACAAAAACAUGUUUUUAGUGUGUAUAGUCGCACAAUUUUUUCAGGUGUUCAUUCUUGAAUACCUACAUUUUGACUUCAUUCAUCAUUGAAUUAUUUCUUCAUUCAGUAACUCUUAUUCACUAAUCAUUUAGUAAUUCUUAUUCUCUCAGCAGUUCGCUGAGUCACUCAUUUAGUUUUUUCUAAUGUUAUGUAAAUUAUUUGUUUAUUCAGUUAAACGAAAGUUUACUCUGAGGCUUAAGUUUUAGUCAUUCCACUUGCAUCAGCCACAAAUUUUGAGAAUAUUUUGUGAUUUAAAGUGGCUUUUUUUUUCAAGUUUUAAUAAAAAAAAUUUGAAGUUACACUUUGUGUUGAAUUUUUAAUGUUUCAAAGGCUAUAUCUGUAUGUUCUAUUAAAACAUGGUUUUAUAGCAAGACUUCAAAGGGUUAAUUCAUAAAAUUAAAGAAAUAUCUAGAAAAAUAAUUCCACCUUUUUUCUUAGCAGUGUGUAGUUUGUAGUUUACAGUUAAAAGUAAAAAAAAAAAAAACAUCAACUAACUGUUAAUGCUUUUGACAGUAAUUUAUUGUUAAUUUAUAAAAUAACAGCU